AUCGGUCUGCUCUCCUCUUCGCUGUACCCAUCCCAGUCCCACCCUUCCCCUUCCCCGCUGAAAAACACAUCCCGGCUACUUGCCCCUCCCUCUUGUGCAUGUAGGCCAACCGCGUCAUCUUAUCCUUCAUCCUCUCUCUCCCAUCAUUCCAUCUGAUCUAGCUAGCACCUCGUGCUCCUGGUGGUGCCUCCCAUCAUCCCCUCAUCUCUCCCUGUCCACCAUUCUUUUUCUUACCCUGCGGCCAAGGGAAGACAAGCUGCCGCCGCCGGUGGACGAAGCUAAGCUUGCCGUGUUUGACCGUGAUCAGCAGCAACCCUAUCGCCCGAGCUUGCUGGAGCAGCAGCAGCAGCUACCGAUCGAUCCAUGCAUGGAUGGCAAAGAACUCAUCUCACCGUCCGACCUGCCGCCAUUCUACCCGCAACAACAGCCCCACCACCACCGCAUGCUCGGCGGCGGUGGAGGAGGGCAUAACAGCCCUUCCUCGCUCGCCGGGAUGCACUCCGUCAUCCGCCCCAUGCCCAACAUGAGCAUGAGCCCCACGGCCAUCCUCCAGUCCAUCGGCGGCGGCGGCCCCGGCUCCCUCUCCGGGAUGCAGUUCCACAUGGACAGCACGCCCUCGCCGUCCUCCAUGAUGCACGGCGGCAACAUGUCCGGCUCCGGCAACAUGGUCUCCGUUUCUGGCUCCGGCGGCACGAUGCCGGUCCCCAGCCAGCCGGAGCCGGUCAAGCGGAAGCGGGGCCGGCCGCGCAAGUACGGGCCCGACGGGGCCAUGAAGCAGCACCUGGCGUCCACGCAGGGGCAGCAGCAGCAACAUCACCAGAUGAUGGGCGCGCCGCCGCCGCCGAGGAUGGGGUCCAUGUCCGGGCAGGACAUGGCGGGCGGGUUGGACGACGCGGCGGCCAAGAAGCGACGGGGCAGGCCUCCCGGGACCGGGAAGAAGCUCUCCUCCCCUAAACCCUCCGGCAAUGCGUUCUCUGGCUCAGCUGGAACGAGCUUCACUCCUCACAUCAUAACAGCAUCUCCUUCAGAGGAUGUAGCAGGGAAGAUAGCGGCAUUCGUCAGCCAGUCACCGAGGGCUGUGUGCGUGCUCUCGGCGAUGGGCUCCGUCUCCAGGGCUGUCCUCCGCAACCCAGGAGACCAUGCCUCCUCCGCCGCAAUGGCUCCUCCUUCUUACAACAACAAUCCUUCCAUUUACGAGGGCUUGUAUGAGAUCCUGAGUUUAUCUGGCUCUUACAAUCUGAAUGAGGCGCAGCUGAACCAGAGUGACGGGCUCAGCGUCACGCUCUGCAGCCCAGAGAGGCAUGUCAUUGGAGGUGUUCUGGGUGGAGCCUUGGUGGCUGCCAGCACAGUGCAGGUGGUACUAGGGACUUUUGUCAAUGGAGGGUCCAAAUCAAAAUCAAAGAAAGCCGUGAAACCACCGCCGGCCUUCGGUCCCGACACGCUUGCCGGCGGAGGAGGGCCAGACGCGUCACCCAGCUCUGGUGGACAUAACCAAAACCUAACGCCGCCACCCUCCAUCGUAACAACUGGAGGAUGGCCUAGCUCCAGGAUAUUUGACACGAGAAGUUCCAGCAUUGAUAUCAACAACUCGUCUAGAGGAUAGCUCACCUGUCGAUACCUCCAGGUCUCAAGAAAUUUUCUGUUCCUGAAAGAAAACCGAAUGUAUACUUUGAAAUAGCUCAUUCAGUUUUUUAAGAUGAUUCUUAUAGGUUGUCAUUGCAGCAA